GCGUGCAGAGUCAGUAAAGAGACUAAUUCGUACGCUGAUUGCUGAGAGAGCCCGAGAAGCGCACGUAAAAUACACUAGCUAGCGGCGUCAUCACUUUGAGUCGCUGGGGGAAAACGAGAGAGGGGAAAACAGAAAACAAACAACCGACGGGAGAAGGAACACGAAGCAUCUCCCUCCCUUCUCUUCUCUCCUCCCGCUGCCUCGCGCCGAAUCCGAGCCCGUUCCUUCGCGCCGAAUCGGCAGGGCUCUGCCGCCGGGGAGGGGAUAUGGCUGCCGGCGUGGUGAACUACCCGCUCGUCGCGGGGCUCCUCGCGUUCGCGGUCGCGCAGUCCACCAAGUUCUUCACCACCUGGUACAAAGAGAAGCGUUGGGAUGCCAGACAAUUUAUAGCUUCUGGGGGAAUGCCAUCAUCACAUUCAGCCACAGUGACAGCACUUGCAGUGUCUGUUGGAAUCCAAGAAGGCUUUCGUAGUGCCACAUUUGCAACUGCAAUGAUAUUUGCAUGCGUGGUGAUGCAUGAUGCUUUUGGAGUUCGGUUACAUGCUGGAAAGCAGGCAGAGGUGCUGAAUCAAAUUGUCUACGAGCUUCCUCUAGAGCAUCCACUGUCAGAGACAAAGCCAUUACGUGAAAUUCUUGGACACACAGUUCCUCAGGUGGUGGCUGGUUGCAUCCUUGGAAUCGUCACGGCUGUAAUUAUGCUCUUAGCCCUGGGAAGCUACUCAUAGAUAUUGGCAAUACUUGAUCAUCUGACAUCGCAUCAUUUUCUUGUAAAGCAUGAAAAUCAAUCUCCUCCCUGAUGUGAUGUGUAAAAACUGGUCUGUUCAUAAUGAUCCUACAAAGUUCUAACUGAUUUAGAUCUGCUUUGUAUGAUAGUAGGUUGUAGUUUCAGUUUGUACUGUAAAUCUGGAAUCCCCACUGUCGACCAGAACGUGAUGCCGUCAAAUGUUUGUGGUACGUCACGUCAUCAGGUUCACUUCAGGCUAUGAAUUUUUUUCUUCUA